GCGCGACCCAAUAGUCAUGCUAGCAGCGUCUCCCGUUACACGUAACUCACCUUCAGUGGUGUCGUCCGUACACUCUCAUUCCACGACCAUCUAAAGAAAGAUCAAUGGGGCAACAAUGGUCGAUAUUGCUGGCUAUCGUCCAGAUAAUCCAAAGCUUACGCGUGGUUACCAACCCCACCCUGGAAGCUAUUGCUCGAGCACAAGAGGAAGCAGAAGAACGUCUCAGAAGGGGCGUGCAGUCAGUCGGCUUGCCCACUCCUGAGGAGGUUGCGACAGCAAAGGCCAGGGUGCAACAUCAAGACAGAUUGUUCCACUUUGCCAUUGCAGGUGUUGCUGGGAGCGGGAAAUCAUCUCUAGUCAACGCUCUCCGCGGUCUGCGCAACAGCGAUAGUGGUGCUGCUCCCACUGGAGUUGUCGAAACCACAACCACGAUUGUUCCAUAUCGCGAUUCAAAUCACCGGUUGCCAUUCGUGUGGUAUGACAUUCCGGGGGCGGGGACCCUCAGCCAGCCAGGUUGGCAGUACUUCAAUAACCGGGGACUCUUCAUAUUUGAUUGCAUUAUCGUCCUCGUCGGCGAGCGCUUCACACAAAUGGACACUGCAAUCUUGGAAAACUGCCAACGAUUCCAGAUCCCCACCUAUAUCGUGAGGUCAAAGGCAGAUGUCCAUAUCCGCAACCUCAUGAGCGAUAUGGGCUAUGACAGCGACGAUGAUGACGAACCACAAUAUGAGACGAUGUACAAUGCAGCCCAUCAACGUUGCAUCUCAGACUCGCGGGCAACUGUGCAGAAAAACCUUCGAGAUGCAAUGAUACCACCACAGAAGGUCUACCUCGUGUCCAACAAGGUUUUGUUGUCUGCAGUUAAGGAACACAUCUUACCCAAGACGGCGCUUGACGAGAUGGGGUUAUUGAAGGAUUUACUUGAAGAGGCCUGUGGACGUCGCUGCGUUGCACUUGAGGAUAGAGCGUGAAGAUUGCUGUACGCGAUGAGAUGCAUAUGAAAGAAAAAGGGGCCAGGUAUCGUACAGUGUGUCGGUGUAGUGCAAAGAAUGGAAUCUGU